AAAUUCCUUUAACUCAGCCUUGACUUUACCCUUUUUCUAUGGAACAUAUCCCCUAAAUGUGCCUAAUUUCUAAGUAUUUCAAAUGCCUCUUCAUUUAAUUAUCUCUCUCUCUCCGCAAGAUUCAAGGUGGAAGGGUAGUAACAAGAGGCAAUAUCUCAAAUUAUCCACGCGGAUUGUAAACCAAACAAAUUCGGCUUUUGCUGUAGAUUUUUACAUAUAGUUUCUUUUCUUGUAGAAAGUAUAAAUGGAUAGAAGUUUCUCAAAUUCUGUUAAAAUUUGAUCAAAGUCGUUGGUGCUUUGCCAAUGAGCUGAUUGUCGAAGGUUCGAAUUCUAGCCAGUUAACCAUGAAAUAGUCGCUCAAUAGUUUUCCAAAAAGCCAAUAGGCUUCCGUCGGUACUGUUCUUUCUCACCAUGCGAUUAGCAGGGGGGCGUUGUGGCAAUUUAAUUAAAAGGGUGGGUCAAAGAGACCAUUUCUGACAGGUGCAUUUCUCAUUCUUUUCUGAACCAUAACAGUAUUGAAUUAGAUAUCAAUCCCUGCAUAGCAGUGGUUUACGCAAGCAAUACCUGUAAAAUUGAAAAAUAAACCCAUUAACCAAGCACAUAUCGAAGGUUAAAUCAAAUUUUAAAGGAGAGUAACUUUAAGCUUACUAAAAUGCCUUACCUAGUGUAUGAGAAUACAAAAUUAUAUUCUGUUGCAGUGUCGAGAAAUACCAAAACACAAUGAUACAUCGCCGAAUGAAGUUGAUCUCGUCAACAACUGAGCUUCUAUAGAUACUUCCUCCGUGUCUUUGUUUUCGAGAUCCCUGCAGUAACAAUAAAUAUAAUGUAUUUUUUACCACAAAACAAAGAUUGUGUUAUUUUUUCACCCAGCUCAUUGUAUUUAAUAAUUCAUAGUUUUUUUGGUCAAUGAAUUGCUUUAUCAAAUUCAUGAACAAUAUCUUUGCUCAAACAGGUAUGAAUUUAUCGUUUUACUUCGUAUCAUUUACUUUUUCUAGUUCUUUUUUGAUAACAUAAUUAACUUAACAUAGUUAACAUAAUUAACAGUAUUAACCAUCUGUUGAAUUAUUUUAAAGAAUAUUUUAUUUACCCAUCGAUUUUGCAGCUUUUUUGCCUAACAUAGUGCUUGUGUUUUACCUUAUUCCAUAUUUAUGCACCCAGUUCUAUGAUUGUUAAUAGAAUGAGAAUUUUUUCACCUUUGCAAAAUCAAACGCUUUUCAACCUUUUUCUUUAAUUAUUCUUUGAGAUCAAAGAACUUUACUCACCUUUUCUCUUCACAUCGCUGUUUAGGAGACUCAAAGGUAGUUGAUAUGUAUUCAAGUUUUUGCUUGGUUGAUUGCGUGAUAACGAAAGCCAAUUAUUGAUAAAGGUUACUUGUCAUUAAACUAGGAAUUUUACUGAAGAGAAUUUAUUGAUGAGGAUAAAUGCUUGUUGACUUCAUUUUUUUGAGGUUCACGUGGCUCAAAAAACUUGCUUUAGAGUUCGCUCAGUAAGAACAAAUAUGCAUUUUGCAAUCGACUUUUGAUAAUAAACUUUCUACAUGGGUAUAAAUUUUUUUCUAUUUUCAAGAGUCUUUUUCCUGCAUAUUUUUCGUCAGUCCACUGAUGUUUAUCUUAGUCGUCAUAGAUACAGCCGCACUUGCAACACUGAAUGGAGGCUGAGCUAGUUUGCAAAAUUUGCCAUAACUUGUUCAGCAACCCCGUGCUGUUGCCCUGUGGCCAUAGCCUAUGCUUGGAAUGUGCUGAGACCUGCUACAGAUAUGUGCCAGAAACAGAAACAAACAAAGACAUGCUUUGCACCACAUCAAUUAAAGUGUCACAGGGAUACAGUGUCAGCUGCCCGGUAUGUGGGUUUGAAUUCUCUUUUCCAGUUGGCGGAGUUUAUGGUUUGGUAAAGAACAAUUGCAUGUUGGGUGUCAUGGCAAAAGUUGAGGCAUCGAGAGACUCAAAUAUCCACACUUUUGACUGCGAAUUCUGUGAUUGCCCUGUUGCCAAGGCAACUGCAAUGUGUGAAACCUGUAAUUAUUGGUACUGUAGUUCUUGUCUUGAGACAAUGCACCCUCACAGAGGUCCUUUAAGCUCACAUGUCAUCAUACAGCCACGAGAGAAAUUGAGCCCAGAUGAGGUUGUGCCUAAAUGUGAAAUUCACUCUGAAAAAGAUGCUGGAUAUUUCUGCAUUCGUUGCAACGUUGUGGGAUGUAAAAUCUGUAGGCAUCAAAUCCAUAAAGAACAUAAUGUGGUUGAAUUGGUGCAGUACUGCAAAAGGGAAAAGGAGUUGGUUGCUAAGCAUUUACAGUCAGUGGAAGAAGCAUCUGUUGGAGUCCAGGGCAAGUGUGAUGAUUACGAGCGCCUUUUUGCUUUCCUUAAGACAGUUGCAAACGAAACCGAGGCCCAUGUCAAAAGAGAGACUGAUAAACUGAUUUUUUUGAUCAAAAAAAAGAGAGAAGAGUUGCUCGAGGACGUGAGCAAGGCUUACCAAAUAGCAGCCUGUAAGAUAUCAGAGGGUUCUCAAAGUUGCCAGCAAGCUAGGAUUGCAAGUGAAUCUUUGUCUGAAUACAUUGCGAUUUUGCUGGAAGAAAGAAACAGCCUUCACUUUCUUCAGGUCGUAAAACCAAUGACGUCACGGCUAGCAGAAACUACCAAACAACUUGCGUCUCUCGCAAAACCUGAUUGGUCAAUAGCAACACAAUUCAACAAUAUGACGAUUGACCUAGCGAUGCAGAGACAGGCUAUUGAUGCAAUCUCGUGGCUUGAAGCACCAGGCCCACCGAUGUUCGUUGUAGAAGAAUGCUUUGGACGAAACUGCCGAGUUCAUUUGCGAUGGCUACCACCUGAAGGCCCCGUCGAGAGUUACAUUUUAACAGCAAAGGUUCUCGGCAACGGCGAUGAUUUCUCAGUUGUUUACGAAGGGAAAGAGGCAAUGUUCGUUCUGGAUGAUGUUGCCUAUGGAUGCAAAGUUUAUGCGCGGGUCAGCGCGAGAAAUAACGCGGGGGAAGGACCACCAAGUGACGAUAUUCUAGUAACCAUGCCUUUGGGUACGCUGUCAAGCUUUCGCUACCUGCCCUGGUCGUUUCCCUUGAUCAUGUUUUCUCUCGGAUUUUUUGAUAAUCCUAAAUUCGAUUUCCAGUUUUCACACGAACUCACUAGCCUCGAUAUCAGUCUGUCAACUGACCUCCGCAGCAUCAAGACACUGAAAGAUUCACCAUCAAUUGCCAUUGGCGACACGCUCCUUACCAGCGGCAUUCAUUAUUGGUGUGCACGUGUUACCAAAGCUCCGUGUAGACAGAAUUGUAAACUUGGGUUUGGAAUUAUUACACAGCGUCAGCUUGAACAAUAUAUGGAAGACGGUGCAGUGAGAUCGACAUAUGAAGUUGAAAUACCCUUGAGUGAUGACACCCAUGACCAAGAACUGUCCUCCAACAAAAUACUGUUCAAGAGAUCAGUUUAUGAUAUAAAAGACAUGGUUCUGGAGUUCAUACUAAAUCUAAGCGCAGGGUAUUUCGACAUUUAUACUAAUGGAACUUUGAUAUCUUCUGGUGGUUCUGGAUCAACAUUUGCGAAUAUAUUUGGAAAGUUCUACCCUUGUGUGCUUACCACGGGAAAAGGCCUGCGCGUUGAUUUCAUCUCACAGCUGGAAGUACUUCAUGUAACACCUGGUCCACCGGAGAUACUUCACGAGAAAUGUUUUGUGAAGAACACUGAAAUAACUGUAGUUUGGAAGCCAGGUGAUGAGGUUAACCAUGAUUUACCACGCAAAACCACGGCUUACAUCGUUGAAAUGAAAUAUAUUGGUGUCAAUGAUCGUCGGUUUCAAGAAAUUUACAGAGGUUGCAAAACAUGGUUCACAUUUGAUGCUUCUGAAUACAAAGCAAAGAUAAAGGUUCGAGUGAGCUGUGUGAAUCAUGUUGGGAUCGGAAGCCCGAGUGAAGAAAUGGUUUUUCAAACACCAAAAGGUUUGUGCUUCAAGUUUGACACAGGGCUUUCAUACAUGGCAUCUGCUGAGCCAAAAGCCGUUAAGAUAUCCUCAAACGGAGUCAUUAGCUGUGAAUCGAACCAUGAAGAGUCGUGUUUUCUUGGUGACGUCGUGCUUUCGAAGGGCUGUCAUUCGUGGGGAUUCAAGAUUCGUUAUGGUGGGGAGAAACUAGAGUACAUAGCUUUUGGGCUUGCAAAAGAGUCAAACAGGCUGGAAGAUAUAUGUCAUCAAUCAGCCAGCUGUUUUGCCAUGUGCACCAAUGGAAGCAAACUGUUGCAAAACCAACUCCUGAUCGAUAGCAAAAACAUCAUCAUUCAGCAGGUGACAUCUUUAGAAGAAAUGCAUUUAGUGGUGGUGUUUGAUGUUGAUAGUGAAAGUUUACGCGUUUAUCUUAAUGGUUUACUGAUUCACAAAGUAUCAGAUUUAGAAAUAUCUAUGCCUACGUUUCGUAAUGUCGCGCGUUGUGUGAGACCUGCAGUGUGGAUCAGAGGUGGGAUGGUACAAAUUGUGCCACUGACUGAACUGGAAACACCAGGUGUGCCUGGUUCUCCUGUGAUAAAUGAGCACAACAGCCAAGUUACAGAGAACAGUCUUCGUUUGGAAUGGGCAGUCCGCAGUUUAGACUGCGUUGACUUCUUUAUUGUUGAAAUGGCUGUUCUGCAUAAUAGCGUUGUUGGACUUGAGCCUGAGGAGUUUCAAGAAGUUUUUAGAGGAAAUAGGACAAAAUUCGAGUCCAAGAAUCUGCCGUAUAACAGUGAAAUAUCCUGUCGCGUUUUCAGCGUUAAUGGCAAAGGGAAGAGUAAAGUAAGCCCAUUGUUCAAAGGAAGCACCUGUAGAGGCUUGAAGUUUGAAUUCGACAAAACAACUGGCCAUCCAGAUCUUGUGAUUAAGGAUGCCUGGGUUUCUUUGACAAGUCCUGUGUACGCCACAGUUCUUGGAAAUGUCUCGCUUUCAAGCAACUGCCACUAUUGGGAGGUCGUGAUUGACACUUUUGAUUGCCAGAACCAAUCAGCUGUGAUAGGCGUUGGAAUCGCAAAGAGAGAGCUUAUUGAUCCAGUGCUAGGCGAAGAUGUUUAUUCAUACGCGCUGCAGAUACAUCAAUAUCCGAAAAUCAUUUGUCAAAACACCGCAAAUAAAAUACAAAUAAAACGAACAAAUAAAGAAGCUGAGGAUAUUAUAAUUGGAAUACAUAUCGAUUUAGAUGCCAAAUGGAUGGAUGUUUACAAUAAUGGCUGUUUGGUUCUGCGCAAGAAAAAGGACAAGCGGUCAUUCAGAAUAAAAUCUGGAACCUACUAUCCAGCUUUUAGCUUGUAUGGUACCAACGUGAAAAUAUCUCUGCGGACAGGCGUUGAUUUCGAGGAACGAUUCAAGCUCUAGUUGCUGAUGAAUUAAACAUGGAACAGAGUUUCAAGCUUUUAGUUUGCACAAUAUAAACUUAAUAACAGAUAUUGACCUCUUUAGUGUUGUCUAAUUUGAUUAGUUUAUUUAUUUAAUUGAGUACCUCGGUAGUUUUGAGAUUAUUUUGCAGUUUUAUGCUUGUAAAAAACAUAUUGUUUAAUUAGAAAGACUACUAUGAUACGUAGGCCAUCUAAUACUCAAGCUAUCUUCAAUCGUCCAUUUUCUUGCUUAUCCAUCAUUUCCUUCCAUGCAAUCCCCUUACAAAGAUCAUUCCUUCAAUAAUUGUGUACACCUCUAUUCAACUGGGUCAUCCUUUACUCGUUUUCUGCCAAUCCUUACUCAUUUCAGCUAAGCAACCUAUAUUUUAUAUUUUAAUUGUUUAAGAUAUACGUAGCUGUAGUUGGUUUAACCAGUUGAGAAAAGCAACGAAAAUCCAUCAUGUUGGCAGUCACUUUUCUUUGAUUUUGUUUUCUAUGCAAGUUCUAAUAGUUUCGCUGUGUUGUCUUGGAAAUUACGCGUUCAAGUCAAUGUGGAAAAAUAUAAUCAGCAGAAUGGAUGCAAAUUAAAAUAUGCACAGGUGAAUGAUAAAGGGAGCUAAAGAUAAUAAUUUUAAUACAAUUUUAAGGCAAUUUGAUUUUUUAUCUAAUUUGAUAAUAAUUUAUUCAGUAACCUGCAAGCAAGAAAAGUCUUUCUAAACCUUACGUUGUAAUUCAUCUUUUCGUGAGUGGUAAUGUGCUCUUAUUCCUGUGAUAAAUCGUGGUUUUUUUCUAUUUUAUAAAAUUUCAUUCAUAAAGUUUGGGUUUGCAUUUAAUAUUGCUUUGGAAAUCUCAGUGAAUAGUAACAGAAAGUUUUCUUUGUGUACAGACAUAGCGUAAAUACUCGAAUUAGCCCCCUGGGGGCUUAUUUAUUUUUGAUAUUUUCGGAUGGGGGCAUAUUCGAGGGGGGACUUAUACGAAAGGGGGGCUUAUAAAAUUAUUGUAGACAUUAAGAAGACAUUAUUUGAAAACUUCGUUUAUUCUAGUAGGAAUUUCUUUAUGAGCAUUUAAUUAAUUACUACCAGAAGUUAUGAAUUUGUUGUGGUAAUUCAAUAAAACGCCAUAGGCAACCUCAGAUGGCAAAAAUCAUCAAAUGGAGGGGUCCAGUUCGAGAAUUUACAGUAGCAGCGGAGGCUUAUUUGAGGGGGGGCUUAUUGACAAUUUGUGGUUCUAGGGUGGGGGCUUUUUCGAGGGGGGGGGGGUCAAUUCGAGGAUUUACGGUAUGUAACACUAUUAUGUAGUAGCGUUUUAAAAAAAUUUAUGCUAAUAUUUUCGCGCUUGGAUCUAGCCACUGUAGCAAAAGCUUCGAUAUUAUGUUGGGAAGACA